AUGGGCAAACGAGUGUACGAUCCAAUUCAUGAUGUGUUCCAGGACCGAGAGGAAAGCGAUGCGCAACGCUCAGUAACAGGUCGAGUUGUGGAGGACGAAGACGAUUCGAACACCGAGAGUGAGGAGACCAAUAGUCCGCAGAAGGAGGCAAUUGUGCCCUCAGUAGCUACUAAUAGAAAGAAGAUGAAGGAAUCGAGUAAAUACAAUCGACAUUUGAAGAAACCAGAUGGUGAAUUUUUCACUCGUCGAGAUUUGCAAUUCCACUUCUUAACAAGAUUGCUCACCGAUGAUAGACCCCUCUUCACGAAUCUGUUCAAGGAAGUGUAUGCCAAAUCGGUGGUACCGUUGCCGACUACCGAGGGUAAGACUGUAGACGUCACAGACGCCAGUUAUGAUGCGCGUACGUUUGUGUUCAACGAUAAGCUUACAUUCUCACAAUUGUACAUCCUGACGCUAGCUUCAUCAACGAAAUGCUCCAAAGUGCUCAGAGACAAGUUGCUUCUUGAUCAUCAAGCAGCCUUCUCGACAUGUAUCCUUGCACUGUUGGUUAAUUUUGGCAGACUCAACACGACGAUAAAUUUUUACUUGGAGAUGACUUCGCAACUAAGAACGUUUCACUCGGUACCUUGUUUGCAAUACCGAGUCGCCGACCUCAAAUCAUUACAGGAUACACCACGGUUGAAAUCGAUAUUGAAGAACUUGAGCGUUGGUAAUGAACCAUUGGAUUUAGCACAACUUUACGAGUCGCCGGGCAUGACAAAUGAGAAGGCCAACGUUGUUAAUCUACUGUUUACGAUGUGCGAUAAUGUGACUCUAGUGAAUAUGAAACUACUGUCGAAAUACGUCGAGGGCCACGCAUCGUUAUUCAAUAUUCUGGAUUCGCCAGACUAUGAACCGGAAGAUAGAUGUAAUGUGGUGCUGUGGUUACUUUACAUCCACACAGAGACAGAUCUGAGCCCCGAGUCUAUUCAGCAAUCGAUCAAGUUGUUUACCACAGGUGAUAAGCUACCAUUGAGACGCGCAACGAAGGAAUACGACCAGGAUCCUCAAGAUGAAUACGACUUUGGUUUAGAACAGAAGGCGAAACGUCGGGAGUUUUUAAAGCGUACGAAGCAUGAUGAAUCAGACGAGAAAGAAGGAGAGGAAGAGGAAGAAGAGGAGGAAGAGGAGCAAGAAGAAGAAGAGGAAGAAGAAGAGGAAGAUGAGACAAUUCAAGAGAUGGAGUCUCAGGAGGACGAGGUAGUUGAACCAGUAACACCACGUAAGAGGCGGGAGACAGGAAAGGAGAAGAGAGAACCCAAACGAAGGAAAGUGGAAACUGUAGUGAAGCAAGAGAGUGCGAGUGAGGACGUAACGCGUAUUGAGGGACUGAUUGAGCUGGACCGCAAGAAGAUUGUGGGCAAAUUGGGAAGGCAUCAAACCAAGGACCAACAAACAUUUGUACAAGAUUUAUUAAGCGCACAAAAGCCGGUGAAGAUGAAAAGACGGGAUCUUGGAUUGGUACGAAUUUUCAACGAGUAUGAAGAUAUCCCGAUGGCGUCCGUUAUUGGAAUCCGCGGUAAGAAGAGGAAGAAGUUCAAGGAUGACGUGUUAGGUUUUGAGACCGACUAUUUGAGAAGUUUUGCCGCUGCGAAGAAGAUGAUGCUGAAUGAUCAAUGGGAAGAGGAGCUUGGUGAUUUUUUCCAGCUAUAG